AUGGCUGCAACGCCCUCGUCAUACUCGAAGUAUAUUCUUUUGAUAGGUUUGCCCGUGCUCACCUUUGCUAGUUUAGCAGCACUAUGGUGGAAGAAAAAAGGAGAGAAGAAACGGACUUACGAAGAAAUGGGACGCGUUUCUGAGCUGUUUAUUUAUCCUGUCAAGUCGUGCAAAGGAAUUCGCGUGACUGAGGCCAAAUGCUUCAAAGAGGGAAUGGAGUUUGACAGGUAUGCUAGCGUAAUUGUGUUACGUUUGAAUUUACUGUUAAUGAAACAUGGUGAUCAAUGAGGCUCCGACUAUUAAAGUUUAGUGUUGCCUGUCGCCUCUCUCUCUGUAGACAAGCUUCCUGAAAAUGGUUCUUAGGUUAGAAGGCGCGCGCGUAAUCCAUGUGAAAAUGAGAUUUAUUUCAGUGUUAGUGUAUUCACCAGGAAGCUGAGUUACGCACGUCACAUUCCACUUGUCAGGGGUACAAUUUGAUCACUGCAGGUGUCAACAAACCAAGAUCUGAUGAACUCCAGUUGGUCACCAAAGCUUACAGAUUGCAGACUUUAAGUUAUCCAAUCCAGUUUUGUGGACUGAGGUCGUGAUCACUAUUUUGUUCUCAGAACAAUUUCCCUUGAUUAGGUAUGAUAUCGUCAGGUGAAAAUUGUUGGUCAUUCUUAGGCCCAAAUGGGUUAGAUUAAGAGAAGCUCCCACUGAGGCCCUCAAGUCUGACUUUGUUCGAGGCAAAAUCUUUUUAGUUUGGUACUCUGUUGAAGGUGCCUUGCCUUGCUUACUUUUAAGAGUUGCCUAGUUAGUAGGCCUCAUUAUUCUACAUGGGCAAGGGGUUUCAGGUCACGUGGUCAGAGGGAAGAUGUUUUCUGCCCAUUUGCCUUGGAUACGUCAAUGGUGAAGUGAACUGACAGAAAAGGCCUGGGAAAAUACUGUUCAGGGACUAGGGAAGUUUAAGAGGAUAACCUCACAUAACCAGGAACCAACUCUAGGUGCAGGGCAGGGGGCAGGGGUGGGGGGUAUUCCCCUAUAAAAGUGGUGGGCUGCUUGUUGUACCUUUUAGGGGUUUAAAUUUGUGGAUUGGUACCACUUAGGAGCUCAAACCUUAAAUGACUGCUGCCAGAUUCUGUUAAAAUGAUAUGCUUUAUUAGGGUAAACUUUUAUGACAAUGCAUUCAAAAAGUCCUUGAGAAGAAAGUGUUCAAAAGUUAUCUUUAUUACUAUUAAAAUUUGCAGUGCCAGUUAUAUAAUUUGUUGCUGUUGAAUUGGUACCUCUUAGGGGCGGAAAAAUUUGGGACACACCCAUAAAACGAGAUUCUGGUGCCUUUUAGGGUUGUUCUCGAAAUUUUCCACACGGCAACCCAAUCACUUUCAUAGGGGAGUACCCCCACCCUCCCCCCCCCAUGGCUCUACGUGUCUGCUAAAGGGAGGUGUACUGGAAGAAAGAUUCCCUUGUAAUGUCAAUUACUUCUAAGAGUACCCACCUCACAUUUUUGCUUUACAUGAAAUUUAUUGUUUUCUUAAAGGUACUGGAUUAUUUUGGAUGAGAAAGACACCUUCGUCAGUCAGCGUAAAGACCCAAAGUUAGCACUGGUUGUUCCUCAUUUUGAAGAUGACAAGUACCUUUGCCUGAAUGCCCCGAAGAUGAAAACUCUCAAACUGAACAUUAUGAGUGAGAGUGGGGCAUUAAAAAGAAUUAGGUGCUAUGACUUUUUUCAUUUAGUGAUUAAACAAGUACUAGUAUCUACUUAAAAAAGCGACUCUGUCACUAUUAAAAUAUAUUUGCUGCACCUACGGGAUUGUGAUUUUCUUAAAAUUACUACAUGAACUGGGGAGAUGGAUGCGUGAGGAGGUUUUUGAUAUUUCUGUACAAGAUGAGUUUUGGAUUCAAAUGAUAGCUUCAUUACGGAGAAAGUUAGACUAAUUUUUGAGACAUUGGCUGGCAUUCAGGUUGUGUAACUUUUGCGUCUUCCAAGUCCAUGGUACAGGAGGUACUGUAAAAUGUUCGUUUUGAAAAAUUAGUUGUUGAAAUUUUACCCCCAGUUUGGUUCUAUGAACUGUUAGCUUAGGCAAAAAUAAUCUCAGGCUUAAAUGGUCUGAUAAUAUCAUUGACCACUUUACAUGCAUCAAACUCAUCUAUAGCAACUGCAUAACCUGUGCACUAUGCAAAAAGGCCUAAGUAGGCGAAACAUGGAGAAAACUAUGCUUCAUUACCAAUGUAGUAAAACAGUAUUUUUUAGACUAUGAUUCCUUUCUUUUAUUAAUUGAGUAGUCAUCAAGUAAUACUGUUUCUUGUUGCUUAAACACAAUCACUGUGACUCUUUUAACAGAGUGUGGAACACGUAUGGUGAAGGUCGUUAUGUAGGAGACGAAGCAGCUGAGUGGAUAUCAAACUAUUUGGAUAAACCUGGCUGUAAGAUCUAUCAGCUCACAAAGCCAAGAAUUAUACAGGAGGAUAAAGAGUGGGGCGAUGUUGCUCAACCAGGCGAUGAGGUACUGUAAAAUUAAUUAUAUGUGCUUGAUAAAAAUACCUCAGAAGCAUGCUAUAAAAAACGUACUCAAUACUGUUCCACAACAAUUAAAAUCUACUAUAUAUCCAGGGGCGGAUCCAGGAUCUUUUUUAGGAGGGGGUGCACUCGUCUCUUGCUCUGCUUCAACACCAAUAAUCCACAUAGUUUUUUUUUUGCAGAAUACCAGUUGUAUUAGAAAACCGCAGGUCAUCUCAGGGAGGGGGGGGGGGUGCACACCCCCUGCACCCUCCCCCUAGAUCCGCCCCUGAUAUCAGUGCCAUUUCAGACCAAUGGGACUUUUAAAAAACCAAACCCUUUGGCAUGCAGGUACCGACAUGGGUUAAUACCAUCAGUAUUAUAAUAUUUAUACUACUACAUGAGAAAUUUCUGCAAUUUGAUCGGCUUGGAGCAGUGGUAUUUCAUGAAAUUUGAAAUAGCUACAUGUGAAAAUUACAAACCUUUUGCGGGUAGUAGUAUAAACAAAUAAUAGCAUGAUUUGUAUGUGAUAUUAGGCAUAAAUACCACUCGUGAUAUUUCAAAAUUGUCUCAAAUUUCACUCACCUAACGGCUCAUGAAAUUCCGUAUAACAAUUUCGAAAUAACACUCAUCGGGUAUUUAUCAGAUUUAUGCUUAAUAUCACUACAAAUCAUGCUAUUACCUAUACUAAUUUUUUACCCCCUAUUAUGAAAUGAACAGUCCAUACAGCAACUAUUUUUAUAUGGUCUCUUCGUGGCGUGUUGCGUUGUUCCGAAAGAUUUGGUCAUCAUACCGAAUUAUGUGGACAUCCCCAUGAACUUGUCACCUAAAUCAGCUCGCAGAAGUACUGCUUUACCCGUAGGAAACACAAGAAAAAUGGAGAAAUCUAGCAAAAGCGAUUACGGAAUUUUCAUUGCUCCUUUAUUUGGUAACAUUCGGGCUGGCGCACCCCCUGCACCCUCCCCCUAGAUCCGCCCCUGAGCAGGAUUGGUUACAGUUCUUCUGUAAUUUGGGUUGCCCAAAAGGCUUCACUUGCCUAUCGGAUAAGUUAUGAACAGAAUUCACCAGCCUAAUAGUAAGAGACUAUUUUCUUUGCACGCUGAUUGUUGGUUUAUCUUGAUUUUUUGACGUAGAAAUCAAUUGUAUUCGAAAACCUAAUAAAGUGGGGAUGGAUCAAGUCUGUCUUAAACUUCUUUCUUCUUUUUCUUCGAAGGUGUCAUUUGGUGAGUUUGCCCCGUACCUGAUUACUAAUGAAGCAUCCUUAGAUGCACUGAAUGAAGAGCUACCAAUGCCGGUCUCUAUGACAAGGUUCCGUCCAAACAUAGUGGUUAGAGGACUCAAGGCAUGGGAAGAGGUAUUUUAUUUUCUUUCUAUGUACAUUUUACUUGGUAGUUCUUGUGGCCGGGUUGCCGAAUAAUCUUGGUCCCCCACGCAAGUUUUUGGGUCUCAUGCGAGGUGCCCUCCCCUUCCUCGGCCCAUUCCAACAAACCAGGAGAGAAUAUUCAUACGAUUAAUAAUCUAUAUUAUAAAAUAACUAAGAUAGUACGUGCGCUCUGAUUGCCUGAGAGGCGUGUUUGCAUGAGAAUAUGCAAACAUGGUUGUGACGUCAAGUUUUGCUUUUCGCGCGCUAAUCACGCAAGCACGAAUUUGAAAAAAGUUUUUGAGUUGAAAACCCUACAAGCUUCCUUUAUUCACCCAUUCCCUCGUCGGCUGAAACUUGGAAAACCUUUACAAAACAUGCUGUGUCAUUUUUUUUUUUCGCAUAAGCUGACAUUUUAAGCGAGAAAAAUCCGUAGUUUGGAAAGCCUCUUUUUUGCAAAACAAGAAUAUUUGAUUACCUGUGCAAUAUUUCCCUCCUUUAACAGGACAAGUGGAUUGGCAAGAAUCUUCAGAUAGGGGGAGCUCAAUUCAGGUUCCUGAAACGGUGUGACAGGUACAAAAAUCAACGAAUGAUUAGGGGGCAAGGGGGUGUCACUUGUUUAGUCAGGUGUUUCUUGUAAUGUCGUUAGUAAUAAUCGUGAGUUGAGAAAACAAGGGAGAGCGUGAAUGUUGUGUAGGGAAUUGCCAGAAAAUUUGGCGAACUUCUGAAAAACUUUGAAGAAAUGUGUUUCAACAAAGACGUGCAGCCGAGAUUUCUUAAAGCGGCUUCGAGGUGCCUAGGUAUUUGGUACGGUACUUUUAGUGUUUGAUGUAGGUUUUUUCCUUUAUGGUACAGAUUAGGAUCGCGUUUCUUGUGAUAAAGACAGACUUUGACAAGAUUGCUGCUAAAAAUCUACUAUCACUGUGGUAGUAUUGAAAUAACCAUACUUAACCAAUUCAGACGCCGAACAUUUUGCGUACUGUACUUUCUUCACGGUAUUCGGUUCGGGUACGGAUAACUUCGGCCUCUGAAUGGAGCCGAAACCUUUUCCAUGAUAGCGGUUUUCUUGGAUUAAUUUAGACUUUAGCAUUUAUUGCGUCAUGAAAUUUUUAGGACAUAUUCUUGUGGCAAACGUUUUAGGUGUAUCCUUAUAACAGUCAAUCCUGCACUAGGAGAAAAGGAUGGUCGCGAACCUUUGGCCACCCUGAGAAGGUAUUUGACUUUAAAAUAAUAAUUAAAUAAGCUUUUGUUCUUGUCCUAUACUGCUAUAUUUGUUAAAAAUAAGUAAAAAGGUGAUCACGAGCUGGACUUUUGGAAGAAGGGAAAAAAUGCUUACUCUCUUAAUCCAGACCCUCACUAUGGUUUUUAUGCAACUUCUCUUCUUUCUUUUCCUUCAUUUCCAAGUCUUAGUCCGUAUUUUCCUGACCCACGCUAUGUAAAUUUGCGCGCAAAGGAAGGCGGGAUGGAGAAAACGGUCUUCGCCUCAGCUCCCUUCUUUUCCUUUCCCCUGGCCACUUACGCUUCAUCACCAGUUAUUUGCGUUGGAGGCAGACCAAUACCUAUUGUUUGACGUUGGGGUUGCCAUCGCCUGCCGUCUUAAACUCCCCGAAUGGGGAGCUUUAGCAUCGACGACGGCGACGGCAGCAAAAGCGUUAUUCCAGUUGGCUGAAUACGUCAAAUGUAGGCGAAUUUCCCAGGAGUUGAUUUCUUGGGGACUGCACUCAAGUGUAAAAAGAGAGAGAAAAAUUCGUCGUCGCGUGUUUACGUUCUCCCUAAAACGUUCAAUGAGGCACUUUCACGCCGUAAUCGUCUAUUGACGGCAAAGAAAUUUACAAAACUGAAAAGUGUGAUGCACGUGCAGAGUUGUUCUUUUGCUUACCUAAACCCAUUGCUUUUUUGACGUUCUCGCUGUUUUAGCCGUUGAUAAAGCUCCCUGAUAGCCACCGUGACGACAUUGUAAUGACCUCACGGUGCAGCUCAUGUUACGUGUGCUACGUUGCAGUUUGUCUUCUCCUGAAUGUCAGACUAAAGUUAUGUCAUGAUGGUAUUUUGAUGAAAUGUCUACUGCUUUACGAUCUGAAGACGUCGCACUUAACACUUAUCACUUAACCUUGGUUAAAACAAACUCACGCAUGUGACAACCUGAGGAAUGAUUUUAUUCAAGUUAACUUGGAAACCAUUUUUAGUGGAAAAUAUUUAUCUGUGUUUGUACGUAUAUUUGUUUGUUUACAGAAUAAGGCUUCCAGAGGACAGGGAUCCAAGGCAAGGACGAUCCCCUCUAUUCGGUGUCCUCGUAGCUCUAGAAGGGAGUGCUGUGGGCCGAGUUGUCCAGCUAGGAGAGUCUGUAGCGAUUUGCUCAUAGGCCAACUCAUCGCUUAGCUUGUGCAACUUCAAGCGAAUUUGUAAUCCACAGUGAAACCUAACUGUUUGGAGGACACACAUUGACGCAGUAAGGAAGCAGUUGAAGAGCCUUCCAGUCAAAGACUAGGAGUU